UUUAAAGUUAGGUUAGGUUCUUUUAUCUUGCAUAUUACCAAAUGAACACUUUUUUUACGUAUGAAAAUUGAAAAAGCAAUAAUAAUACCUUGUUAGCGACUGUAAAUAAUUCUCUUAUGGCACCAGUUGAAGAUAACGAUAGCGGUAUGGAGUCUCAAGAAGGGUCACAAUCUGUGGACGCAGAAUUCGAAAAAGACUUGCAGGAGGACAGUAGGGAAAAGGAUACGGUUAAAGAAAGAAAACAACCAGCUAUAGAAGCAAGCGAAGACAAUGACGAGCCAGAAGAAACCUUUUCCGAAAGAUUAUGGGGUCUUACUGAAAUGUUUCCCGACUCCUUACGAAAUUUUACUCACGCUACAGUUGUAAACACCAAACAAGGAGUCAAACAGGUGUACAAUUUUUCUCGAAAUGCAUCUUGGAUAGUUUUUAGUACCUCAAUAAUUUUGUUUGCCCCACUUAUUUUUGAAGUGGAAAGGGCAAAUAUGGAGGAAAUGCAGCGAACUCAACAGAAACAGAUGUUAUUGGGACCCAAUAGCGCUAUUUCUGGAGGAGUGCCUCCUCCUCUAAUGCCUCCAAUGCAACAGCAGCAGAGAUAAAGCAUCCAGAAGACCUCUUUAGAUUUUAGUUUUUUUUUAAUUAAUUUAUCAAACUACAGACAUUGUAAAUUAUUUGUUAUUACCUGAUUUACAGUUUUCGUCAGUGGGAUGUUAAUUGCAUUUUCACAACCUAAGUGCAUUCUUUAGGAUGUGAAUACCAUGCUUUGUGUAUAUUUAAUAAAAUAGAUCAUAGAGACCCUACUUUUCUUUAAA